GAAUAGGAAGAGGCAGACUCGGGGGAGGGAGGGGAUGAAGAUCUAUUGGAUCUUCUUCUUGACUUCUUUCCUUUGCUGGAAGGCUCAGUGGCCGAGUGUUUCUUGUGAGGAGAUCUUGAGCGGUCCCUGUAUCCCUCUAUAGAUUUGAAUGUAUAGUCGGCCAUUUUGUCCCGGCUUUGUUUACUGCGCAUGCGCAAACACGUGGUACAUCUAGCAAAUAAAGCAAAAUAAAAAUAAUUACUGAAAUAGCUAGUGAAUUUUAAAAGAAUGAUAGGAGAAGAGGAGUCAUUGAAGGCCUCGAAAAGCUGCAGUACAGGCCAAUCCUCGUCCAGGAGUGGUCUACUGACUAUGGAUCAGAAGCACAGCAGCUCUGACAUAUUCAUAUCUAUCAGUGGCUUGAUAGGAGCAGGGAAAUCAACACUCGCUACUAAACUGGCUGAAAAGAUGGGGCUGCCUUGUUUCUACGAGCCUGUCAUGGAUAACGAGUAUUUGGCUGAUUUCUACAAAGACCCGGCCAGAUAUAGCUUCCCUUUACAAAUUUAUCUGUUGAACCGUCGCUUCCAGCAGCAUCAGUCUAUAAUCUGGCAGGGACAAGGAGGAGUCCAGGACAGGACAAUAUACGAAGACUCUGUCUUUGCACGAGUUUUGAUGGAGUCUAAUUUAAUGGAGGAAAGGGAAUAUCGCACUUACCUGUCACUUUUCAGCAACAUGUCAAACUUUAUGAAGAAGCCGAAUCUUAUUGUUCAUUUGGAUGUUUCUCCUGAGGAGAGUCUGAGGCGUAUAAAGAAUCGAAGUCGUGACUGUGAAUCCUCAAUUACUUUGGAAUAUUUACAGAACCUUCACAAAGCCUAUGAGGUCUUUAUUGCUGAUAUUGCUCGCAUUAUCCCGGUCAUUAGAGUUAAUUACGAGCGCUUUAGAACCACGGAAGAAAUGGCCGAUAUGAUAGUUAGGUAG